AUGGUCGGUCCAGGCGGUGGUCCACCACGCAAGAGCCACACCAAGUCCCGUAACGGCUGCAAAACGUGCAAGAGGAGGCAUAUUAGAUGCGACGAAACGUUCCCACAAUGUCGCAACUGUACAAAGCACAACUGCCGCUGUGACUACCAGGACACAACGGCAGCCCAAGGUGCGAGUCCACCACCCCGUGGUCCGGACCUCCUCAUGUCGCCAGAGAUCGAAGUGGAAAUUGAGAACUGGCACCGAACGGGUAUCCCGCCAUAUCCUGAGCUGCUGCAGUGUCCACGCUCCGGGUGGACUGGACUGUCGCGCGUGGAUUUGCGCUUGAUUCAUCAUAUUAUUGGACUUUCCAUCGACCUACACCGUCGUGGAUUGAGUACUUGUACCCUCUGGGCUCAGAAAAUGCCCAAUUUCCUUGCUAUUGCGUUGGGUAGCGAUUUCGUGAUGAGCGCAGUCCUGGGCUUGUCUGCGUUUCAUCUUGCUUUCUUGACCCGGGACCCAGAUACGAAACAGUUGGCGUUUCGCCACAAAGUGACUGCUCUCCAAGGGCUGCAGACUGCCCUUGGGUCUUUUUCAAAAGAUAACUGUGAUGCAAUCCUUGCAGCAUCCGUCCUUUUGUCAUGGCAAGCGACAGAACAUCAAAAUUGGUCAUCGCUACAGCAUGGCAUUUCAAGUGUCCUCGAGUCCAUGCACCCUUAUUGGAAGCAAGAAUCGGACCUUGCGCAGUUUAUAGAAGCCCAGCGAACGCUAAGCACCAGGGAUCUUUCGAUGGCCGGAGCCUACCAGCCUCUCGAGGAGGAUAUUAUGCAUCUAGAGCAAACCAUUCAAGCCCUACAACUCGCCCAGAAACGGGUAUCCCACAACAUUGAGCACUCCCAACGCCUAGGGGAACUCAUCGAUUUCACUCGACAUUUCCGAGAAGACUUCCCAAACCAAACACCCGAGCAAUCAUUUGAGCGCAUUCAGAUUCUCCGCCGCUGGCUCUUCUGGCUCCCGCCAUCCAUGCUACGAAGUGGUGAUUCGGACAUCAGCGCUCUCCCAAUUCUCGCCCAAUUCUAUGCCAUCGGCAUCUCCCUCGAUAUCUUCUUCCCGGAAUUAGGCGGCGCAUACAUCGGUGCUCCAACAGUCGAGCCCAUCGAAGAAAUCUACCGCAUCAUCGCCACCCACAGCGCCAACGACCCCUUCAACGCUGACCUUCGUCUCGCCAUGACCCUAAUGGACCUGCCACGCGGAAUCGUCGCCCGCUACCGCAGCCGUCUUCCAUGGUCUCCUCGUUCAUCUAUCGACCAAUACUCCCCAGGCCCGCCCAGUCCAUACCACCAUACUCUGCAUGAAUACCCCCUCGUCGCAUCUUCCCCCGCUUCCGCUUCGCCCUCAUACGCCGCUUAUACGCCACCUUUGCAAUCUCCUCCAGCCGUCACAGUUGCUAAUUCCCCGUUCCAACUACAAGAUGGUUACGUUUCCACGGCACCUUCCUCUCUAUACCCGCCGUCACCACAUCUACUGGACGCUCAUAAUGCGCACCUCGGACUCUCAGAUUUAGGUCAUGGACAUACUCAUCCAGCCUCGAUUCCUCAGUCAUCAGCAUAUACUCCACCAUACGGUGGCGAUGUGCUGUGCACUGAUAUGCCCCGAGCAGAUGGCUCACUAGGUCUUAACAUGGAGGUCUAUUCGCAGACACAUCCAUUUGAGAUCCCGGGCAUGGUUGCCCCCGCCUCGCUCUGGGCAUGA